AUGCGACCAGCAACAGUCCUUCAAGCCCAUAGUUGGGGGGCCUCUGUUUACCAAAUAGCUUCACGACAGCUCUCGAGCAAUCCCACAUCGAUAGCGUCCCGACUAUCUACGGCACGCAUACCACAUAUUCCAGUUCGGCAUGAUUCGCCCUUUCAUAGCUCUUCAAGAACCUCAUCAUCUUCAUUCAAAAUUAGCUCCCAGCCUAUUGGUGCCCAUUUCUCCAGACGGUCACCGACGGGAUUCCAGCCACGAUGGGAGCCUGCGGUUUCACUAUUACGGUCCUUUAGCAGCGGACCAUUACUAAGGGAAGCCCCAAAAGACACGGAUAGACAGGAUUUGAGGGAAAAAGAAAAGGCGCGGAAAGAGGAGGAAGAGGAGGAUAAAAGAGACGAAGAAGAGGGAUUUGGAAGAAGUGAAAAGGCAUCCAAGGCGGCCCAGGUCAACCUGAGCGCCCGCCUAUCGAGCCAGAAGAAACAAGGAAACUCUGCUGGGUUUGGGGAGAUUGUGAGGUUGCUUAAAGUUGCAAGACCAGAAGCAAAAUGGUUGGGCCUUGCUUUCGCCUUUCUUCUCAUAUCCAGCACCAUCACCAUGUCUAUACCAUUCUCCAUCGGCAAAAUCCUGGAUCUCGCGACUAAGGAUCCCUCUGAAAGUGGCACUUUGUUUGGAUUAGAAAUCACGCAGUUCUACCUUGCACUAGGCGCGAUUCUGACAUUGGGAGCUGCAGCAAAUUAUGGGCGAAUUAUUAUUUUACGAAUUGUUGGAGAACGAAUCGUCUCCAGACUCCGAUCGCAACUUUACAGACGUACUUAUGUCCAAAAUGCAGAAUUCUUUGAUGCCAAUCGUGUAGGAGACCUCAUUUCUCGCCUCGGUUCCGAUACAGUCAUUGUCGGUAAGAGUAUCACGCAGAAUCUUUCUGAUGGGCUCAGAGCCAUGGUCAGUGGAGGAGCCGGGUUUGCUGCCAUGGCGUGGGUUAGCUUGAAGCUCACCAGCAUUUUGUGCUUGAUGUUCCCCCCCGUGGCCAUUGGUGCUUUCUUCUACGGCCGAAUGAUUCGAAAUCUGAGUAGAAAGAUCCAGCGAAAUUUGGGGGCUUUGUCAAAGAUUGCCGAAGAAAGACUUGGUAAUGUUCGGACGUCUCAAGCUUUCGCGGCUGAGACGCAAGAGGUUGGCCGAUACAACCAUCAGGUCAAGAAAAUAUUCGCUUUGGGUAAAAAAGAAGCUAUCAUCAGUGCCACGUUUUUCAGCACCUCUGGAUUCUUCGGGAACAUGACCAUACUGGCUCUGCUGUAUUCCGGAGGGUCCAUGGUUAAGGAUGGACUCAUCAGCAUUGGUGAAUUAACAUCGUUCUUGAUGUACACUGCUUAUGCAGGAUCCAGUCUUUUUGGUGUCUCAAGCUUCUACUCCGAACUGAUGAAAGGUGCGGGUGCAGCAAGUCGUUUAUUCGAACUUCAGGACCGUAAGCCAACAAUCCCAGUCACGGUCGGAACCAAGGUCAAAUCAGCUCGAGGCAUAAUCAAAUUCUCGGAUGUGCAUUUCGCAUAUCCAACACGGCCCGCAGUCAAUAUUUUCGAAGGCCUCGACUUUGAAAUCCCGUCUGGGACGAAUGUUGCCAUUGUUGGGCCAAGUGGAGGUGGUAAAUCAACCAUUGGCUCUCUUUUGCUAAGAUUCUACAACCCAACCAAAGGAACUAUCUCUAUUAAUGGCCGGGACAUUUCUACCGUAAACAUAAAAUCCCUUCGCCGAAGAAUUGGAAUGGUGGGACAAGAGCCGGUCCUUAUGUCUGGCUCCAUAGCAGAAAACAUUGCCUAUGGCAAGCCACAUGCAUCACGGGCAGAAAUCAUUGCAGCAGCCAAGCAGGCAAACUGCCAAUUCAUCAGUGACUUCCCGGAAGGGUUGGAUACUUCUGUUGGGGCCCGUGGAGCCCAAUUGUCCGGAGGACAGAAGCAGAGAAUUGCUAUUGCACGAGCUUUGCUUAAGAACCCUGAUAUCCUGAUUCUUGAUGAAGCUACAUCAGCAUUAGAUGCCGAGUCCGAGACUCUUGUGAAUUCGGCCCUGGCAGCGUUGCUCAGAGGUCACAACACCACAAUCUCCAUUGCCCACCGACUGUCGACGAUCAUGAGAUCUGAUCGUAUUAUAGUUCUUGGCAGCAAUGGAAGGGUCGCUGAACAAGGCACAUAUGCCGCUCUGUCUAGCAAUCCUAACUCUGAGUUCACGAAGUUAAUGGAAUGGCAAAUGAGUGGUGGUGACGCUGCAGAAAAGCGAUCUGGGGAGUCCGCAGGCCACCUUACCGAGAGUGAGGAGAUCGAAGUAGAUCUCGCUCACAUGGAAGCAGAGACUUCUGAUGAAAUUGACGAAGAGGAGUCGAGCCAGACCAAGACAGAAGCUGUUUUGGAAAAGGCAGGAGAGAACCAGAAAUAA